AUGCAGGCACUUGUCCUUGGUGGUGGCAGUGACACUACAGCAGGGACGAUCUCAUUACUCCUGAACAAUCGACAUGCGUUGAAGGGGGCAGAAGAAGAAUUAGACCUUCACGUUGGUAUGGGCAGACAGGUUGAUGAUUCCGACAUAAGAAGCCUCGUUUAUCUUCAAGCCAUUAUCAAGGAAUUGAAACCCUCCGCCUAUACCCAGCUGAUUCAAAGAGAUCCAAGGGUUUGGACCGAUCUGUAUGCUUUCCAACCGGAGAGAUUUCUCGCAGGCCAUAUGAGUACUGUUGAUGUCAGAGGUCAACACUUUGAACUUAUUCCCUUUGGCCCCGGCAGACGGUCAUGCCCGGGUGUGUCGUUUGCGCUCCAAGUCCUUAACUUUAGACUUGCUCGACUCCUCCAUGCCUUUGACUUGGCAACCCCAUUGGAUGAUCAGCCUGUUGAUAUGACUGAAAGCCCAGGUUUAACUAUUCCAAAAGCUACUCCAUUAGAGAUUCUCCUUACACCACGCCUUCCUGCCAAACUCUAUGGCUAUUAA